AUGAUAAAAAAUGUAGAUAAUUAUGAAGUAUUUAUGGCUUAAGAAUGCUCAACUUCUAAGUCAUAUUUAAUAACUCUUAUUGAUGGUACAGGUUCAAUGCAUUAUGAAUAUUAAACAAUUAUUGAAGCUCAUGAUAAUGUAUUUAGUGUUCUGGGUUAAAAUUAACUAAAAUUUUAAUGGGAAGAAUAAUUAUAUGAUUUACUUCCAUUUAGAGAAGCCGAAAGAGGAGAUAUAACUAAAACAUUUUAGACAAUUCUUAAGAAACUUGAAAUUGAGGAUUAUCCAAAAAAUAUUACAAUUGUUUUUGUAAGUGAUGGAUAAGAACCAUUUGAAUUUAACGAAUUAAAAGAUUAAAUUGAUAAAAUUAAAGAGAAAUACUUAAUUUAAUUUAUUAGUUUAGCUGUUGGAGAUUAAUUUCCAAAUACAAUAUCUAACAUUUUAAGAAAUAGCAUACAUAAUUAAAAUGCAAGCUGUCCUGCAUUGUUUGAAAUUGCUAGGGAUUAUAAACCACUUGAUUAGUUAAAGUAAGAAUUCAUUGAUAUUUUUAACAAAAUUAAACUACUUCUUGAAGUGUAAUCACAUUUAUUUAAAGUUAAUCAACCCGUUUAUUAAACAAUAGGUUCCAAAAAUCCUACUUAUUUAAUUAGUCCAAAUGAACCAUUUCUUAAAAUUAAUAAUGGUCUUUAAUAAAAAGUAUUGUUAGAAGGAAAAGAAUUAAAACCUACAUUAAAUCCUACUCAUAUAUCUUAACUUAUCAUUAAUUCUGUACAAUAAGAAUUAAUUGAAGCAGCAGCUAAAUAGGAUUCAAACUAUCCAAAAACAUUUUAAAAAAUGAAUCAAAUAAUAUAAAAUAUUUUAAGUUAAAUUACAGUUAACAAAGAUGAAAAUAACUAAGAAACAGUAUAAUUAGUUGUGCCACUUGUUGAUAUUGUCACUAGAUUUGGGGAUGGAAAUUUAAAAAUUAAUGAACUAGAUCAAUCAAAGCUUACUAUAUUGCAAAAAAAUAUCAAAAAAAAGGAAGAAAUAAAUAAUUUUAUUGAAUUUUUUGGAAAAAAAGAGAUAAAAGUUGAAUAAAUUCCUAGUAAAGAAAAAGUUGAAGAAGAAAUUAAAGUUAAAUUAAAUAAAGCCAAACUUGGAUGUUUUAUUCGAUCAAAAAGCACUAAUAAAUAAUUAGAUCUUGUCUAAUCAAUCUGGACAAUUGUAUCUUAAGGAUUGGCAGACUAUAAAAAGUUGAUAUUAUAAGAUGAAACUUUAAAUAUUUAAAAUUUAUUAAGAUAAUUCAAAAAUAUAUUGGAUGAGUAAUUAGACAAAAUAUUUAAAUUUGAGAAAUUUGAAAACUUAAAUAGCAAUCAACAUAUGAUUCUAAGAAAAUUGAACUUAAUUUUAAAAGAAUUAGAAAGAUUAAUCUUUGAAACAUAACAAAUUUCCAUAGCAUAAUUAAUAAAAUUCAUUGAUUCAUGUUAGAAUUUUAAUGUAGAAUCAUUUGAACUUGAAUCUGUUUAAUCAACAGAGUUUGUUAAAGAAGUGGAUUAAUAUCAAUUUUUACCUCAAACCCUAUAGCCUUAAGUAAUUUAACCUAUAAAAAAAAAUACAGAUGAUUCAAUAAUCAUAAAUAUUUUAGUGAUUGCAUAUUUGAUUGCAUUUAUUAUGGAGACCACAUUACAAAAUGUUUACAAUUAUUAUUCGAAUUGA